AUGAGGACUGCUCAGCCCGAGAAUAGACUCCAAAUGAACUUCAAAAAUCAAGUUCAUAAAUUGGGUAGCGAGCCAAUGGAACCCACUAUUCGACACGAUUUUCCUGACUCCCCUGUCAGCAAAGACGCGAAAGAGAAUACGACAAGACAAAAUGCUCAUCAAAAUGGAUCUCCGAAAGUAAAUCAGACGAAUUCAUCUUACUCCCCUAAACCAGUGAUUCUUGGAAACGUCAAAAAAUUGAAUAUUUCACUCAAGAGUGAGAAGAACGUAAAGAGCGUUUCAAAAAUAACGGGUUGUUCCGCUGAGGAGUGCGUGCCCAAAUCCAAUCAAGGAGAGACCGAUCAAUCAAAGCGAAAAAUGUCACACGCAGCGCGGCGAAAAGUGACCAUGUCGCAGCGGCCAGAGGAAGUUGAAGAAACACAAGACAGAUAUAUGCUCAUCGGAAAGGGUGUCCCUGCCUUUGCCGAAUGGGGCCUAUCGACCAAACAAAAUGUCAAGGAAGAGAUAGAAGUUUGGCCCUGCAACAGAUACACUAAACGAGGCCUCUCAGCUGAUAUCACAUUACGACCAAAAUUAAAGCGAAAAAUUAACGCAUUACGGUACGCUGAUAAACACGGCGCUGCAGUCUUCUUCGAAUCCCUAAGUGGGUGCAAAACGACACACAGAAAUCAGAUCCAGCUUAACCUUCCGAGACAGGAAAUGCAAUAUCAAAUGGAACGAGCAUCUUGGUUUCAGUACUUCAGGGGCGACCUCUCUGUCCAGCUCGAAAAAGAAUACCUCUUUGAUAACGAACAUCGCCAAAAAGGACUUGAACGCUUCCGAAGCCAUAUAACCGUCCCUGAAACCAAGUUCAUCAAUGCUGCAUAG